AUGGACAACUUGCUGGCAACGCCGCUAGAAAAAGCAGAAAUCGACGAGUUGCUCUCGUUGUUCCCAGACUUCAAGGGCACCGUGCCAGAGGAGGCACGUUUCUGGAAGAAGUCUGACUUGGAGCUCUAUAUCGCAAGCAAUGGCCAGCUGAAACCCAAGGAGAACGAGGCCGCGAAAUCCAAGAGCUGCCCGCUGCUUUCAAGAGCUCGGCAGCGCCUCGCAGAGCUUAAAAUCGGCGAGGCCUCGUCGGAGUACGUCUCUUGGACCCGCCACCGGCAGCGAACGCUGGAGCAGUUGCCAGGACUGGAGAGGCCCUGCACGCCUGUGCAGACUGCCGCACAGGCACCUGCAGUCCCAAAGGUGCCUGUCGUUGUCUCAGCGAAAGGGUGGUGUGGCAGCUCUUGGGACAUGGACUUUUGGAAGGCACUCGGCCAUAACAUGUGGUGGACGUGUCGCUCUCGCUCCCCGGCCUUUGAACAUGACCGGAAGGCUGCAGACCGUGUUGACGUUGAAGCAUCCCCGGCAGAGUACAUCGAGUACGCUCGGCUGCUUCAUUCCAUGGAUCCUGACUGUCUGGAAGACAAUGCCCUAGCCUUCCCACGCAUCGUCAUGGACGGCUGGUGCCCUUUCAUUAGCACGGAGGGUGGCGCUCUUCUGGCGAAGCACUGGCGUGAACUUACGCCGGCUGGGGUGAAGGACAUGUCGCCCAAGUGGAUUAAGAUCUUCACCACUGUCUUCACCAUGGACUUCAUGGACUUCUUUGCCCGAUUCUACAAGCUGGCUUUGGGAGCUCCAGGAAGCAUCAGCCGACUGCACAGAUCAAACAACGGCGCGCAUGUCUGGCACCGACAAAUACAGGGCCGGCGCCUCUUUUUCCUCUUCCCUCCCCAGGACACAGCCAACCUGGCUGAGGAAGAGGGCGCUGCAGUUGAUCAUCUGGAAGGCUAUGCAGCUUCCGUUAGCUCUGUUGACAUCUUCUACCCAAGCGGCAAAAGGCAUGCAGCCUUUGCGAAGGCCUCUGCGCAGUCCGUCGUCCUUCAUCCUGGAGAAUCGUUGAUCAUCCCAAACGGAUGGUGGCACUACGCAGUUCAUCUGGAGCCGUCUGUCACGUUGCACCACCCCUUCUGGGGGAUUCAGAACAGAUCCCACUUCUCCGAAGAGUUGCGCGAGGCCUUCAUUGCCAGCAAAAUGCCGCCGGAGCUUCGCGAGGUUGCUGCCAGGAACAUCUCGCAAAUCCAUGAGCGCAUCAUGGAGGACGACGAUGACGAUUCCGACUAUGAUGUAUGA